AUGGCAUAUUAUUUACUUACAUUAAUUUAUUAGAAUUAACUGAACAUUUCCAAGCUGUUAAAACCAAAAGUAACUACACAUGAAAGUGGGCCAAAACACUGUUCAACCACAAACCUCAUGCUGGAAAAAAACAAAAAACAAAAGAAUGAGAGAAACAUUUCCUGUACAUAGUGCCACUGCCGAACAGACGAUUCGUAUCACACUGAUACAAUCAAAUAUGGAAUUGUCAGCACUAGAAGACACCGCAAUGAUACCUUCCCAAGACCCGUACCACUGUCCCUCUCAUCUGGAGACCUUAACCUGGAUUGAUCAAUUGUUUGUCCACAAAGAACAAAGUCUGGAUGAAGUUUGUGCAGAAGUUUGCUGUGGAAUAAAGUCCAACAACCGAUAUACUGUGAAGAAUGACAUUGGGAACAAGAUUUUUACUAUUCUUGAGGACAACGAUUGUUGUAACAGGACUUGCUGGGCUGGAGCACGUUCCUUCAUAAUGAGUGUUUUUAAUAACUCAAAUCAAGAGAUCAUCAGACUGGUGAGACCGUUUGUUUGCACUUGCUGUGGCCAUGAGCUGGAGGUUCAGUCUCCACCGGGCGUUACCAUUGGAUAUGUUCGACAAAACUUUCAUAUUUGCCUGCCUAAAUUCACCGUUGAGAAUGAACGAGGUGAACCGGCAUUUAAGAUCGCGGGACCGUGUGUACCUUGUACCUGCUGCACCGAUGAAAACUUUGAGCUGCUGUCUCUGAAUGAGGCAGUGAUAGACAGACCAUUUGGCAAGAUCUUCAAACCCUUCUCAAGCAGUGGCCCAAAUAUAGGUGUGGAUUUUGUGGUGAAGUUUCCGAGCAACUUGCAAGUCAAAAUGAAAGCUACUCUACUGGGGGCCUGCAUUCUCAUUGACUGUUUGUAUUAUGAAAGGCAACAAAGAUAAUUACUACUGUGAAGAGAUGAAUUCUGGCAGCCUUUUUAUUACAAAAAAAAAAAAAAAAAAAAAAAAAGUUACCAAGGUGGAAAUUUGUAUCUUUGUGUGCAUGUAACACCUCUUGUUUCCUGUUUGGAUACAGUAAGCCAACUUCAGAAAGAAGACAGAAGAAAGACAAAUGUCUGAUGACUACUUACUGACUACUUGUCAAAUUAUCCUCCAAUAAAGGCUGAAAAGAAAAGAA